AGAUCCAUCUUCUUUUUUCAGCGUCGGCGAAAUUCUCCGUGCAUCUUCUUUUUUCAGCGUCGGCGAAGUUCUUCGUGCACUCUUUUCCACCAAUUGUUCAUGUGGAAUUGAUUGCACACAUUAUUCACCCAUCACAAGUGCUAGAAUAUGAGAGAGUGCGUGCCAUACCAGAUUGUCCAAGCACUUGCCCUACUCAAGAAAUGUGCAGCAAAGGUAAACAUUCAAUAUGGACUCCCCGAGCGAAUUGCAAAUGCUGUUGCGCAAGCAUCGAAGGAAAUUGUGCUUGGGACGCUCGUCAUGGAUCAAUCGCCAUUUCUCCUGUGGCAGACGGAUGGCGGGGAAACGUUAAACCGAAACAUGAAUCAGAUGAUUGCCAAAUGUGCGACGAAGAUUUUGGGCGGCAAGGAGAGUGCAGAUGGACUUGUUAUCAAGCCUGAAGAACAUGUGAAUAUGCAGCAGCCAUCACAUACAAUGAUGUUAGCUAUGGCCAUGAGAAUCGCUAUAGCCAGGGAGUGCCAGUGCGUGUUUCUGCCCAAGCUCCAGUUGCUACUGGACAUCCUGACCGAGGACAAGUUCGUUGACGGUGGUCAGAAUGACAAGAAUGGCGGGCAGAGUGUUGGUGCUGCUGCUUCGGUGCAUGACGGGUACAAGCCGGAAGAUGUGUUCUUGGAGCAGAUCAGCGAUGCUGUUGCAGAAGAGACUGGUCUUACGUUUGCAGCGACAGAAAAAAGCAGUUGUGAAUUUCUGGCACCUCAUGAUGCUUUUGUCGGGAUGAGCAGUGGUCUGAACAGAGUUGCAAAUUCCCUGGUCAAGAUUUCACACAGCAGAGCAGCUUUUGGAAGUGAUGACUGUGAUGGGCAGUCGGAAGAGAAGAUCAGAAAAAGUACAGUGAAGAAGGAAAAUGUAGGUGAUGCAAGGUGCAAGGCGCUGAGCAUGCUCACUAUUGUCUGUGCACAG